AUGUCCACCCCUGUGCUCCGGCUAGGUAUACUAGGCGCCACGAACGCCGUCCAAGCCACCUACCUCCCAGUCCUCUGUUCUCUAAAAGCCCACUACACCCUCACAGUCAUCUACGACCCCAACGCAGAAAUCGCAACUCAAUGUCAAACCCGCUUCAACAUAACCCACAGCACAACAGUCGCCGAAGAUGUCCUACGCCAUAAAGAAGUGGACGUCAUCCUCAACCUCCUCCCAAUGGAAUACCACGAACAAUACGCCGUGACAGCCCUCGAAGCCGGCAAAGAUGUAAUGAUCGAAGUCCCACUCACAAUGAGCGUCUCAAGCAUGCGGCGCAUCCACGAAGCAAUCAGAAAAGGCAAAGCAACCCGAUCCCUCAACAGCACCAACGAAACAAACGGCCCAAAGGUAUUUGUCGGAUGCGCGCGUCGCUACGCGCCCUGCUUCACAGAAGUCUUCAAGAAAGAAUUAGCAACCCUAGGACGCGUGUACUACGCGCGAUGUCGACACAUCGCUGGCCCGAUGACCACCGCCACGCCGUCAAAAGACAUCACGCAAAUGAAGCGCCACAACAACCCCGAGCAGUUCCGCGCGCUGCUAGAAGACGUCUUCUCUGAAGAAGACCUCACGCCGGACAGAAUUGCUUUCUGUCGGUACCUCGGGAUGUUGGGAUGUCAUGAUCUAUCGGUGAUGCGUGAGUCGUUUGGGUUCCCGGAUGCUGUUUCUAACGUUGCUAUCACGGACCCGUUCUACUCUGCCAUUUUCCACUAUACGAAUUCCGCCGAGAAUGACGGUCACCCGUUUACGCUUCUGUAUGAAGCUGGUGUUGAUGCGUUGCCUCGCUGCGAUGCACAUUUGACUGUCUAUGGGGCGCACAAGACUCUCACUGUGGAGCAUGACUUCCCUCGUCCUGGUGAGAAGAUCAGCACUGGUACCUAUGUGCGGGUCAUCGUUGAGGAAGCGGAUGAGACGGCGGAAAUGGAUAAGGUCAAUGGCAACCAGAUCAAUGAGACUGAGAAUGCUGUUGCUCGUCCUCGUGUGAAGCGGACGGAGACUGUUAGUACCUGUGACGAGGCAUAUGAGCGUGAAUUCAUGGCUCUGCAUUCUUAUCUGGUUGGUGAGGGUUCGGCGGCGAAGACGACUGCUGAGGAUGCUGUCAUGGAUCUACGGCUUCUGCUUAUGAUCUUUGAGCACUACAACCGCCAGUGUGGUACCAUUCGGACUCCAUUGGGUUGA